AUCAUCAAUAUUAUCAAAGUAAACAAAAACAACAACAACAACUCCAGUUUUUCUCAUAAACAUUAAUCUUGUCCAUCAUGGAUUCAACUUUAUUAUUGUUGGCAUUAACAUUCAUGUAUUUUUGGGCACAUACACAUGGAUUAGAUCCUUAUCUGCAAAACUCCGUUGCUCUCAGCAAGACCAGUUUUCCAAAGGCUUUUAUUUUUGGAGCAGCAUCAAGUGCCUACCAGAUUGAAGGAGCAGCACACACAAAUGGCAGGAAACCAAGCAUUUGGGAUACUUUCACCAACCAACAUUCAGAAAUAAUAGAAGACCAUAGCAAUGGUGAUACUGCUGAGGAUUUUUAUCAUCGUUAUAAGGAAGACAUUUCUUUGAUGAAAGAAAUUGGUUUGAAGUCUUUCAGAUUCUCAAUCUCAUGGUCAAGAAUAUUACCUUAUGGAAGAACCAGUAAAGGAGUAAACCAAGAAGGUGUCAACUUCUAUAAUUCAAUGAUUGAUGAGCUCCUUUCUAACGGAAUAGAACCUUUUAUAACUUUAUUUCAUUGGGAUCUUCCGCAAGUACUCGAAGACGAAUACGGUGGAUUUUUAAAUCCGAAAAUUGUGGAUGAUUAUGGUGAUUAUGUGAAGUUUUGCUUUGAAGAAUUUGGAGAUAGAGUGAAGUAUUGGGCGACAAUUAAUGAGCCAAAUUAUUUUAGUUGUUUUGGUUAUGCUUAUGGAAUUAAUGCACCCGGAAGAUGCUCUAAUUAUAUACACAACUGCACUGCUGGAAACUCAGCAACUGAACCAUACAUAGUUAUGCACAACAUGCUUCUUUGCCAUGCAACCGCAGUAAGAUUGUACAGGCAGAUGUAUCAGGAUUCACAUAAAGGAAACAUAGGCAUUGUUUUAACAUCAUUUUGGAAGGUGCCCAAGUUUCAAACAUCUUCCAGCAAGAAGGCUGCUUCUAGAGGUCUUGAUUUUACAAUUGGAUGGAUUCUCCAUCCUAUAACAUAUGGUGAUUAUCCUAUGACAAUGAGAGAGAUAGUAGGAAAUAGAUUGCCAAAAUUCACAAAAGAGGAAUCAAAGAUGAUCAAAGGAUCCAUUGAUUUUGUUGGAGUAAAUUAUUACACCGCAAGAUAUGUGGAUGCUGUCUCCACAUUCUCUACAGCUGCCAAUCUAAGUUACACUACAGAUAACCAUGUUAUUGAGUCCACCCAGCGAAAUGGAAUUCCUAUCGGACAACAGAUUUCCAGAUGGAUAUACUUGUAUCCAAAAGGGCUUCAAGACGUAUUAGUGUAUAUAGACAAAAAAUACAAGCAUCCCCCUAUUAUUAUCACCGAGAAUGGAAUGCAAGAUAAUAGCUCUAUGCCAAUUAAGGACGCCCUAAACGAUACCACAAGAAUAAUGUACCAUUAUCUUCAUCUAUCCUAUCUCCUACAAGCUAUCAAGGAAGGAGUUGAUGUGAGGGGAUACUAUGUUUGGUCAUUUCUUGAUGAUUUUGAAUGGUCCUUCGGUUACACGGUUAGAUUUGGGUUGACAUAUAUAAACUACAAAAAUAAUUUACAAAGAAUUCCAAAAGCCUCAGCUUUCUGGUUUCAAAAUUUCUUGCAAAACCAAAACGUUACAAUAGGAUCAAAUUUCGUAUCUUCUCAAUAGACAAUAACAAUUGUUUGUCUUUUCAAAUAAUUGUGAGGCAUAUUUAAAUAAUGUAUUUGCCACUAAAUUAUACUUGUGGAGAUUUCUGCAACACUAUGGUGGUUUCA